UGGCUCGGUUCGGUUGCUCGGCGGGGCUCGGCUGCACGGCCGUGGACGGGCGUGCGCAGGGGGGCGCGGGGCGCGGGGCGCGGGCCUCGGAGGUGGCGGCGGAAGCUUGGUGCCCCCGCCCGCCGGGUCCUCUCAGAGAGGCAGAGAGGCAUCCGCGCGGCCCGGCCUCGCACGGGUGCGGCGGGCGCGGCGUGGGGGGCGGCGGGGGGCGCGGAGCAGCGCGGCCCGCCCGGGGGCGCCGCGGGCCGGGUCAGCGCGGACGGCGCUCGGCAGACUCGGGCGCACGGCUGGCCGGCCCCUCCCUGCCCGCGCGCCCGGGCGCCCACUCGCCGGCGCGGGGCCCGGGAGCGAUGACAUCGACGGGGAAGGACGGCGGCGGGGCGCAGCACGCGCAGUAUGUGGGGCCCUACCGGCUGGAGAAGACGCUGGGCAAGGGACAGACAGGCCUGGUGAAGCUGGGAAUCCACUGUGUCACCUGCCAGAAGGUUGCCAUCAAAAUUGUCAAUCGUGAGAAGCUCAGUGAGUCGGUGCUGAUGAAGGUGGAGCGAGAGAUUGCCAUCUUGAAGCUCAUUGAGCAUCCACACGUCCUGAAGCUGCAUGACGUCUAUGAGAACAAAAAAUAUUUAUACCUGGUGCUAGAACACGUGUCAGGGGGGGAGUUGUUCGACUACCUGGUGAAGAAGGGACGGCUGACCCCCAAGGAGGCCCGCAAGUUCUUCCGGCAGAUCAUCUCUGCACUGGACUUCUGCCACAGCCACUCCAUAUGCCAUAGAGACUUGAAGCCAGAGAACCUGCUGCUGGAUGAGAGGAACAACAUCCGCAUUGCAGACUUUGGCAUGGCAUCCCUGCAGGUGGGAGACAGCCUUCUGGAGACCAGCUGUGGAUCCCCACACUAUGCCUGUCCGGAAGUGAUUCGGGGCGAGAAGUAUGAUGGCCGCAAGGCAGACGUGUGGAGCUGUGGUGUGAUCCUGUUCGCCUUGCUGGUGGGGGCCCUGCCUUUUGAUGAUGACAACCUGCGGCAGUUGCUGGAGAAGGUCAAGCGUGGCGUGUUCCACAUGCCACACUUUAUCCCGCCAGACUGCCAGAGUCUCCUGCGCGGCAUGAUCGAGGUGGAUGCAGCUCGGCGCCUCACGCUAGAGCACAUUCAGAAACACAUAUGGUAUAUAGGUGGCAAAAAUGAGCCAGAGCCGGAACAGCCCAUCCCACGCAAGGUGCAGAUCCGCUCACUGCCCAGCCUGGAAGACAUUGACCCUGAUGUGCUGGAUAGCAUGCAUUCACUGGGCUGUUUCCGAGACCGCAACAAGCUGCUGCAGGACCUGCUAUCUGAGGAGGAGAAUCAGGAAAAGAUGAUCUAUUUCCUUCUCCUGGACCGGAAAGAACGGUAUCCCAGCCAUGAGGAUGAGGACCUGCCCCCCAGGAAUGAGAUAGACCCUCCUCGGAAGCGCGUGGACUCCCCGAUGCUGAACCGACAUGGCAAGCGGCGACCCGAAAGAAAGUCCAUGGAAGUCCUCAGUGUGACAGAUGGCGGCUCCCCAGUGCCUGCACGGAGAGCCAUUGAGAUGGCCCAGCAUGGCCAGAGGUCUCGCUCUAUCAGUGGUGCCUCCUCAGGCCUUUCUACAAGUCCACUCAGCAGUCCUCGGGUGACCCCUCACCCCUCACCAAGGGGUAGUCCCCUUCCUACCCCCAAAGGGACGCCUGUUCACACGCCAAAGGAGAGCCCAGCUGGCACGCCCAACCCCACACCACCAUCCAGCCCUAGUGUUGGAGGGGUGCCUUGGCGGACACGACUCAACUCCAUCAAGAACAGCUUCCUGGGCUCACCUCGUUUCCACCGCCGGAAACUGCAAGUUCCCACGCCAGAGGAGAUGUCCAACCUGACCCCAGAAUCCUCUCCAGAGCUGGCCAAGAAAUCAUGGUUUGGGAACUUCAUCAACCUGGAGAAGGAGGAGCAGAUCUUUGUGGUGAUCAAGGACAAGCCCCUGAGCUCCAUCAAGGCUGACAUCGUUCAUGCGUUCCUGUCGAUUCCCAGCCUCAGCCACAGCGUUAUCUCCCAGACAAGCUUCAGGGCCGAAUACAAGGCAACAGGGGGCCCAGCAGUGUUCCAGAAGCCAGUCAAGUUCCAGGUGGAUAUCACCUACACUGAGGGUGGAGAGGCCCAGAAGGAGAAUGGCAUCUACUCAGUCACAUUCACUUUACUCUCAGGCCCCAGUCGCCGCUUCAAGAGGGUGGUGGAGACCAUCCAGGCCCAGCUGCUGAGCACCCAUGACCAGCCAUCAGCCCAGCAUCUGUCAGACACCACUAACUGUAUGGAAGUGAUGACGGGGCGGCUUUCCAAAUGUGACGAGAAGAACGGGCAGGCGGCCCAGGCCCCCAGCACACCCGCCAAGCGGAGUGCCCACGGCCCUCUGGGUGACUCCGCGGCCGCUGGCCCUGGAGGGGACACCGAGUACCCGAUGGGCAAGGACAUGGCCAAGAUGGGGCCGCCCGCCGCCCGCCGUGAGCAGCCUUAGACACUAGUCCCUCCCCAGCACAGCACAGCACAGCACAGCACAACACAGCACUGACUAUGGCCUUCUGCCGUCCUGUGUGGACCAGGCCCCACCUGCCUGCCCAGACCUUGUCUCAAGCCUGGGAGGAAAGGAGAGUGGCCAGGGCGUGGCCCGCAGGCUGGGCUGCUGGGCUUGCUCUCUUUUCUCUCUUGCGGUCUCUGUCUCUGCCUGUCUCUGACAGCAUCACUUGUUUCCGCUCUGAUACCAGGAAUUAUCCCGAAAAGUUAACAUGUCACCUCCACGAGGCCAUCCUCUGUGCUGCGUGUGGACACUGGCUGACCGAAGGCAGCUGCUGCGGACCACCCUCCCUCCUCCACUUCCUCCUCCUCCUGCUGCUGCUGCUGGGCAGAGAGGCUAGCCCAUUGUCCACCACCUCUGCCUGUUCCCUGGCAGCUCCGCAUGGCCCAAGGGAGGAGGGCCUGUCUCCCAGGGGAUUCCUCUUCUAGCCCAGCCACCCUGGACUCCCAUUGACCAGACCCUCAGCAGGGACAACCUGUCCACCAUCUUCCAGGGUAGGGGACCAUGGUGGGUGAAAGCAGUGGGAAUGGAUUGUCCUCCACGCCGCAUUUGGAGGCCUCCUGGGCCACUCACCUCGCCUUUUCCACACUUUGGCCUCACCAGGGCCACCUCUUCUCAUCUGCAUCCAUUGCUCCACCUUGCUAGGCUGCAGAGCUCCGGUUGUGAUGGUUCUCUUGGGCUGAAGUGGAAAUAAGAGACCUGGGUGCUCCAGAGCUGCCAGGGGGCUGGGCUAAGACCAGUAUUAUUUAUUUGCUGUUUUAAUUUAUUGAGUUUCUUUAUGUCUUUGUUCUCUGUUCAGGGAAGGGGGAGUAGCAGCAGUGCCCUCCUGCCGUCUGUCUGUUCCGUCUGUCUGACUUGGGCAGGGUGGGUCCGGAGCCCAGGUAUCCUCUGAGAACAGAGCCGUUGUGGGGCUGGGGACAGUGGGGAGCCAGCCAGUGGAUGCAGCACUGGCAAGCUACUGUAAACUUUAAAAGAAUUCCUGCAAGAUAUUUUUAUAAACUUUCUUUUCUUGGUUGUUUUUGGAAAAGGGUGUGGGGUGGGGCCGCUGGGGCAGAGCUAGAGUUUGUGUUUCGGCUCCUUGCUCUUGGCUAUUUCUAUACACACAUACAUAUAUAUAUAUAUAUAUAUAUAUAUUUAAAGAACGAUGUGGUUAGCUCUGUCCCGGGGUGUUUUAUUACUACUUAGCAGCAGCUUCAGUUCCACACGAGGGCUAAGGGUACAGGGCAUCAGCCUGCACUGGCCAGCUGUGCCUGCUGCCCAGAGGCACACUGCCCAGUAUGUCUCUGCUGCACCAGGCUGAGGGUGAUCUUGGUUUGGUGUCUGAAUGAGAAGGGGGUAGAAGGCCCUGAGAUGGCACCCUAUUCACACACACGAUGGCAGGGGUACCUCGGGUCUUUUUUAAAAUUAAAAUAAAAAGUUAAAAAAAAAAUCAAAGCCAGAAAUGGAGUUAGCAGUGUGCUCUGCAGUGGGUUCCUCCUGGAGGUGGCAAGGGCAAGGGGCCCACACCACUGCCUGCUGCCUGCCGAAGCCCACCUUGCUUCCCUCAUCUCCAGCUUCUGUCUGUGUUCCGUUCUGUCUGGCUGAGCCAGCCCCUCCCAGCUGGCCCAAGGUGCCCAGCGUAGCAGCAGGAGGGGCCGGGGGGCAGGUUUCAUGCAUGCCUUUGCUCUUCCCCUCAUGUACAGAUUUUAAUGCUUCUAUUACAUUCAACCACCACAGGCUGGGAUUUCUAUACAUAGGACAAAAUCAAACACCUGUAACAACAGCAAAGCCACGCAGUACAAGUGGGAAGGGGCAUAUCUACGGAGUCAGGACACUGAAAGCAAUACCUCUCGUUAGCCUUCCUCUUUUGUACUUUGGACACAUGCGGACUCGCAGACAUCACAGAAAUGGACAAGCCCCAUCUGGUGUAACCCCUGUCAAAUAACUGUGAGCAACUUCAGUUCUGGAACAAUAAAUUCCUUCCGUAAAGA